UUGAAGUGUAUGGUUGUGUCAGUAAGUGCAUGGGCGGUUUGCAUCGUAAUAAAUCACGCGACCGUUCCCGUAAUAAUGGCACAAAGAUCAGAUAUCCACAUAGCCAGAUGGCUUGAAGAAGAUCGAGAAGAAGAUUUUGUGGAUGCACCAGCUGGAUCUGAUGAUGAUGUGGAUCACAUUGAAGAACAAAUAGAUAGCACCAGCACUGAGUACAGCACUGAAGAAGAAGAAGAUAACACAGAUAUAGACGAUUAUUGGGAAACUGUCUUCGACGUAAUUGAGGGAUCAAGCUCCCAAUACUAUUUAGCCCUCGACGGGACAAAAUGGUUCAAAAAACCCCUGCAAACCAGAGUCUUGUUAAACAGUGACUCAAACGUUACACCAGGGCCUAAUGAUUUUGCAAGAACACGCAAAUCUCAAUUCGAAUGCUUCGACUUAUUCUUCGAUGAAAGCACUAUAUACAUGAUUGCAAAGUUCACUAACGAACGAAUUAUAAAAGAACAGAAGAAGUUUGCAAGGGAAAGAGAUGCAAAACUUACUGAUGAAGUGGAAAUAAAUGCGCUGUUAGGUAUAUUUUUCCUAAGUGGGUGCUUAAAAACUAGCCGAGAGAACUUCUUGCAGUUAUUCGAUUCAAAAAGUGGUACUGGAAUAGAAGCCAUUUACCUUGCAAUGAGUGCUCAACGAUAUCGAUUCUUAUUGAAGAAUCUUCGAUUUAACGAUCCCGUAAAUGACCGCUUAGAAGAAGAUAAAAUGGCGCCAAUCAGGGUGCUAUUUCAAAUUGUAGUGAACAAUUUUCAAAAACAUUUCACACCCAGUCACGAACUAAAUCUGGGUGACAUAAUUAUUCCCUACAAAGGAAGAUGUAGAUUUCGCCAUCAUAUGCCCAAGAGAUCUGUUAAAGCUGGAAUGAAGAUGUUUGCUUUGGUAGAUUGCCAAUAUCCGUACACAUACAAUUUGGAAAUGUACGUGGGUGAUAAUCCUGGGCCUUAUGAAGUUAGUAACAAUAAGUUAGACAUUGUUGUGAGAAUGACUGAUCCUAUUCAAGGAGAAUAUCGUAAUGUUACGAUGAACAAUUGGUUCACGACUUUAGAGACUGCUGAAAAAUUAUUUUGUAAGAAGAUAACGAUUAUUGGAGCUAUGAAGCCAAGUAAAAAUGAAGUACCAAGAAUCUUCAAAAAAAUUAAAGACAAAUCUUUAAAAUCGUCGCUUUUUGGAUAUUGCGAGGUAGCCACGUUGGUCCAAUAUGUUUGCAAACGAGACAAAGCUGUUCUCUUAUUGUCAACGAAGCAUAGUGAUUGCUCAAUAGAUAUGAACUCUGGUGAUCAACUGAAGCCAGAAAUAUUCGUAGAUUACAAUCGCACAAAGAAAGCUGUAGAAACAAUGGAUAAAAUGUGUUCAAAGCACGAUGUUUCUAGAAACUCACGAAGAUGGCCUCUGAAUAUAUUGUUUCGACUGCUGAACAUAGCGGCUAUAAACGCGUUAUGCGUGUACACAAUGAACAAAGGUCAGGAGCGUAUAGUACGUCGUGAAUUUCUAACCGAACUGGCUCUGAGCAUGAUAAAGCCGUUAAUUCAAAGGAAAAUGAAUGCAGAGAAGAUACCAAAGGUAAUGAAACAAAAAAUGAACGAGUUAUUGAACGUUUCUAUAUCAUCGGAUGAUCCAAUGGAUGUAGAAUCGGAAUCAGAUCUCAACGAUAAACCUGCAAAGGGUGCAAAGAAGGGGUCCCGUGGUAGGUGCCAUGUUUGCCGACGAGCUCAUUUGACCAAAACAACGCGCGAUGUCUGCGUAACUUGCUCAAGAUUUACUUGUUUAGAACACAGUAAAUAUGUGUGCACAAAUUGUUUUGAUAAAUAUUCCAAGUAAGUUUUAUAUUUUUUUACUUUAGUUAGGGGUGUCAAUUGUUUAAAAAUUGAAAUGCAUGUGAUGAUGUUGAGCCAGAGGAAUUUUGGAAUUUUAUACAUAUUUGGAUUGCCUAAUAUUGAAAAAAGUGUUGUUAACUGUAUGAAA